UGACCAUCUAUUUUCCGAUUGACGUCCCUCACGGAUUCUCUUUCGUUGCUGACCUCCUUGUGACCACAAACAUCGCCAACAACAGACAUGACAGACAUCAGAGAGCAGGGCCUUAAGAAACCCGUCAACGUCGCCGAGUAUCUGUUCAGGAGACUCCACGAAAUCGGCAUCCGCUCCGUUCAUGGCCUCCCAGGUGACUUCAACCUGGUUGCAUUGGACUACAUUCCCAAAGCUGGCCUCAAAUGGGUGGGCAGCGUGAAUGAGCUGAAUGCAGCAUACGCUGCCGACGGGUAUGCCCGCACAAAGGGCAUCUCAGCUAUUUUUACUACCUUUGGAGUGGGAGAGUUAUCUGCAAUCAACGGUAUCGCCGGCGCCUUCUCCGAACACGUUCCCGUAGUACACAUUGUUGGCUGCCCGUCGACGAUUUCACAACGGAAUGGCAUGCUGCUUCACCACACGCUUGGCAAUGGAGACUUUAACGUUUUCGCCAACAUGAGCUCUCAGAUCUCUUGCGAUGUGGCUCGUCUCAAUAAACGGGCCGAGAUAGCCGACCAGAUCGACCAUGCCCUGCGCGAGUGCUGGAUCCGCAGUCGGCCCGUAUACAUCAUGCUUCCGACAGACAUGGUCGAGAGGAAGGUUGAGGGCGCCCGUCUGGACACGCCCAUUGACCUCACAGAACCCGCCAACCAGUCAGAGCGGGAGGACUAUGUCGUUGACGUCGUCCUGAGGUAUCUCCACGCGGCUAAGCAACCUGUAAUUUUGGUCGAUGCCUGCGCCAUUCGCCAUAGGGUGCUCAAGGAGGUUCAUGACUUGGUGGAGAAAACCCAGCUGCCGGUAUUCGUUACCCCAAUGGGCAAGGGCGCCAUCAACGAGGACCAUCCCAACUAUGGCGGAGUAUAUGCGGGAACUGGUUCGCAGCCCGCGGUGGCUGAGCGUGUUGAGACAGCGGACCUGGUGCUUUCGAUCGGCGCCCUCAAGAGCGACUUCAACACGGCAGGCUUUUCGUACCGGACGUCCCAACUCAACACGAUCGACUUCCACUCGGACCAUUGCACGGUGCGGUAUUCCGAGUACCCCGGCGUGGCCAUGCGCGGCGUGCUCCGCAAGGUGGUGGAACGGGUUGAUCUUAGCAAACUGUCUAGGCCUCCAUCGCCCGAGGUGGUCAACGAGGUGACUAAGAACAGGGAUAGUUCCCAAACCAUCACACAGGCGUUCUUCUGGCCACGCAUUGGGGAAUAUCUGAAGGAGAACGACAUCGUGGUGACAGAAACGGGCACGUCCAACUUCGGCAUUUGGGAAACCAAGUACCCACGGGGUGUGACUGGGAUCACACAAAUUCUUUGGGGCAGCAUUGGUUGGUCGGUGGGCGCCGCCCAAGGUGCCGCGCUAGCUGCAAAGGACAUGGGCGUCGACCGCCGAACCAUCUUGUUUGUCGGCGACGGCUCGUUCCAGCUCACGGCCCAAGAGGUGUCAACCAUGAUCCGACAUGAUUUGAGGAUCACCAUAUUCCUGAUUUUCAACGGCGGCUUCACCAUCGAGCGCUUUAUCCAUGGCAUGGAGGCCGAGUACAAUGAUAUCACCCGUUGGAACUACAUUGACGUGCCAACAGCAUUCGGCGGUUCGGAAAAACAGGUUCGCAAGUUUGUCGUCAAGACCAAGGAUGAGCUCGAGGAGCUAUUGACGGACACAGACUUCAAUGAGGCUAGAGGGUUACAGUUUGUUGAGCUGUGGAUGCGAAAGGAUGACGCACCGCGGGCCCUGAAGAUCACUGCUGAGAUUGCCGCUAGAAACAACGCAAGUAUGAGUGAGUAAGAUGGUGGCUUGGUGGCUGAAGGAGGAGAAAUGGCGGAGCGGACAGUCCGGUGUCGGCUGCGGUGAUGAGAAAUCUCUUUCUUAAUUGAGCCAUAGUGAAAUAAGGGACUGAGCUGCCUUGCUGUGUUUGGCCAUUCUCAACUUCAGUGACACAUUUCCCUCCCUCCCUACCACCUUGUCUCGUUUUCUCUUGGGAUUGCUAUGUAUUUUCUGAACAAAGGGGCGCAGGAAAAGGAGGUGGUAACACGUGACUCGUUCUCGGAGUCCAUCUGCAGCG